GGCGGGGGCAAAAACGGAAAUACAAAAAAUACCCAGCUUCAUCUCACUGAAAAUGGAAAACAGACGCAGAGAAACUUCUGACUCCUAUCAGAGUCCGCGAGUUCUCGGGCCGGCGGAUAAUCCUCAACGGAUCCGACUCCCGAAACAUAACUCUCAUACUAUGGAAGAUGCCUCCCUUGGAAAUGAGCAAGUGCCUGGUGGUGAAUGCAAUGAGAUUCACAAAGAAGAAGAUGGUGUAAUGACAGGAUUAGACUAUCAAAAUGGUAUAUCUGAAGGAAGGAAGGAAUUUGUUCCACCUGCUGUAGGAAUGGAGUUUGAGUCAUAUGAUGAUGGUUACAAUUAUUACAAUUGUUAUGCUAAGGAAGUGGGAUUUCGUGUUAGAGUGAAAAAUUCAUGGUUCAAACGUAAUAGUAGAGAGAAGUAUGGUGCAGUACUUUGUUGCAGCAGCCAGGGUUUCAAAAGAGUUAAAGAUGUAAAUCGUUUAAGAAAGGAAACGAGAACUGGUUGUCCUGCAAUGAUAAGAAUGAGGUUAGUGGACUCCAAAAGGUGGAGGGUACUCGAAGUUACACAUGAGCACAACCACUUAUUGGGCAAUAAGACCUACAAAUCAAUUAAGAAGACGAGCAGUGGCGCUAAAAGGAAGUCAGAGUCAAAUGUUGAUGCAGAAGUCCGUACAAUCAAGUUGUAUCGAGCACUUGUGAUAGACGCUGGAGGCAAUGGCGACUCCAAUUCUAAUGCAAAAGCAGUUGGGAAUUUUACUGAUCAACCCAAUCAGCUGAGCCUAAAAAAGGGGGACACACAGGCCAUUUAUAACUAUCUCUGCCGUAUGCAACUGGCUAAUCCAAACUUCUUUUACUUGAUGGAUAUCAAUGAUGAAGGGCGUUUGAGGAAUGUGUUCUGGGUUGAUGCUAGGUCCAGGGCUGCAUGUGGUUAUUUUGGUGACGUUAUUUAUUUUGACAAUACAUAUUUGUCAAACAAAUAUGAGAUCCCUCUUGUUGCAUUUGUUGGAAUGAAUCACCAUGGCCAAUUAGCGUUGCUUGGUUGUGGUUUGCUUGCAGGUGAGACAAAAGAGUCUUAUAUUUGGUUGUUUAGAGCUUGGCUUACAUGUAUGUCAGGACACCCUCCACAAACUGUUAUUACUGAUAGGUGCAAGGCUUUACAGGGUGCAAUUGUGGAGGUAUUUCCAAGAUCUCACCAUCGUUUUGGUUUGUCGCACAUCAUGAAAAGAGUUCCAGAAAAACUGGGAGGAUUGCGUAACUAUGAUGCAAUCAGGAAAUCAAUGAUUAAAGCAGUUUAUGAAACUUUGAAGGUGAGCGAAUUUGAAGCUGCAUGGGGAUUCAUGAUCCAACAUUUUGGAGUUGGUGAUCAUGAGUGGCUUCGAUCUUUGUAUGAAGAUCGUGGUAUGUGGUCACCCGUUUAUCUGAAAGACACAUUUUUUGCUGGAAUGUCUGCUUCACAUCCAGGUGAGACCCUGCAUCCAUUUUUCGAUAGAUACGUGCAUAAACAAACUCCUUUGAAAGAAUUUCUUGAUAAGUAUGAAUUAGCCCUUCAUAAGAAGCACAGAGAAGAAGUCCUUGCAGAUAUUGAGUCAAGAAGCUCAAGUCCCUCACUGAAAACAAGAUGUUCGUUUGAGUUGCAGCUCUCCAAAGUGUACACAAGAGAAGUAUUUAAGAAGUUCCAAUAUGAAGUGGAAGAGAUGUAUUCUUGUUUCAGCACAACCCAGAUACAUGUUGAUGGGCCAAUCAUAAUAUUCUUGGUCAAGGAGCGUGUCUUGGGUGAGGGGAAUAGGAGGGAGAUUAGGGAUUUUGAAGUUCUGUAUAAUAGAACAGCAGGCGAGGUUCGAUGUAUAUGCAGUUGCUUUAACCUCUAUGGGUACCUGUGCCGGCAUGCGUUGUGUGUGCUUAAUUUUAAUGGGGUGGAGGAGGUCCCUCCUAAGUACAUUCUGUCACGAUGGAAGAAGGAUUAUAAGCGCUUAUACAUUCCAGAUCUUGGCUCUGGUAAUGCCGGUGACCGUGUGCAGUGGUUUAAUCAAUUAUACAGAAGUGCCUUGCAAGUUGUGGAGGAAGGGGUGAUUUCUCUAGACCAUUACAAGGUGGCAUUGCAAACUUUUGAGGAGUCAUUGAAUAGGGUUCACGAUGUAGAAGGUGGGCAGGCAUUACAAGCUUUUGAGGACACGUUGAAUUUGGUUCCUACUGUAGAAAACAGACAGGAUAAAAUUGCCUUGUGACGAUGUCCUUGAUCCUUCUUUAACUAAACUUGUAGCCUUAUUUUGAUCCUCCCCCCCCCCCCCCCCCCCCCCCCCCCUUUUCUUAACGGCUGCUUCACUCUGUUCGUGCAGAUGUCACUUUAACUUUCAUAGAAUACGGAUAGGCUCUAUGGGGUCAACUUGCAUACUUAUUCUUUGUCUUAGUUUACUUAGUUCUAUGUUUUAUCAAGUGUUGGAGUAUAUGUUCUGUUUCUACUUGUCUAGGCAAAUGUCAUAAUGUAUAGUAUUUUUCUGGGAUAAUGUAAUGCAGGCUUCUCCUUUACCAAACUUCUUUAUGGCAUUUGAUGUAUAUAUACUGGUCCUUUUGUAA